UUUCCGCUUUCUUACACUUGUGCGGAUCGAAGUUUAAUUUCUAACUUAAAAUAUUUCGACACAGAGCUUAAAAUUUUUAAUUCUGUUCAAUAUGGAUACGCGGUCCGUAGUGCGUUGCUUUCAGAAUAAUUUCUCAAUAGAUAAUAUCUUAUCAAAACCAAAUAGCACCAAAUGUGAUGCUUACUUGGCGGUAUUGAGUGAUUCGCCUCAUUUUUCUUCUAAAAACGUGAAACAAUGUAAAGAUGAUGAAAAUAUUGGAAGUGAAAGUGACAAUAUUGAAGUGCAGUCAAAUGUUGAUCUAUCAGCAUCAAGUCCCGUGUCGAGCUAUACAGGAGACGGUAUUGAGGAUACGAAAAGUGAAGCUACAUCCGAAGACGGCAGUAAUAUUAACGACGAUCGCAAGAAGCGGCCGCGAACCGCUUUCUCAGCUUCGCAGAUCAAAGCUUUGGAAACUGAAUUCGAGCGGGGCAAAUAUUUAUCGGUCGCUAAACGGACAGCACUGGCAAAGCAAUUACAUUUGACGGAAACUCAGAUCAAAAUCUGGUUUCAAAACCGCCGCACUAAAUGGAAACGUAAAUAUACUGCCGAUGUUGAAACACUCGCAUCUCACUAUUACGCUCAAUUAGGCAUUGGCGGCUUGGCGCGGCCAAUGGUGGUUGGCGACCGUCUUUGGCUUUUCAGUCAAAAUCCUGCGGGUCCUAAUCCUUUUCAGUCGAUCAUGUUAAAUGGCGGUGUGACAACUACACCAAUGGCACCGACAUUGCGACCUUACAACAACAAUACAUCGUCGAACACAUCUUCGUCAACGACACCGACCCUUAUGCCGCCAUUGCCUGUGAUUGAGAGUGCGAGGAACGCAAUCCUUGCAAGGGGUCAACCGUUAAACUUCGCUCUGCCUUACAGUUUAGCAGCCGCAGCAGUUGGAAAUACGACCUGCGCUAGCAAUAACAUUAGCAGCCAUCCACAGGUCGGCCUUUCUGCCGAGCAAUACAGGCCCUCGGGCGGUUUUGAAGAGCGUUUUAUGGAAUAUAACUCACUACCCAUGACGUCAGCUCCCGUUAAUAUGAGCUCGUACUGCCGGAAUGAAAAUGCCUUGACAAAUGCUGCGGUGACAGAUACUUACUUGGCAUUGAAGUACGCAACAUUGCCGUUAGAAGGAGAAAAUUCAACCUCGAACGGCCUGGCAGAGCUUGAGAGAGUUUUUGGCGAUGCUAACGCUAACUUCCUGCAAAAACGAAUAAACAACGCCACUAAUAUUGAAAGAGAGAAAAAUGGCUCGUCGCUCGGGACAAGAGAUCACUUGAUGCCAUCAAGAUCCGACUCAGAUUGUAGCGACAUAGACUGCGAACAAAUCGAUGAAGCUGAUGAGGUUUAGAUUAUGAGAAUAAU